AUGUGUCAUGCGCGAUAGAGCUUGUGAUGGCAGUAUGGUGCUCGUGAAGGUGAAUGGGAGCUGACACGUUAGAACACUGCAUUGAGCUGUAGCAGUCCUCAUUUAGAGAUUACUGCGUUUUACCGGCGUUUCUAGCGUUUUUCACUAACGAACGACGUGGACUUCCUCUCAGGCUACAGACCUUUAUGUUCUACCUGCCUCAAGUUUGAAGUCCUCUCUCUGCUCUGCUCAGCGGUCAUGGCCAGCCUGUCCAGCUACGCCCUGCGCAUGGCCAGACUGAGUGCUCAGAUCUUUGGGGAGGUGGUGCGUCCGACGGACUCCAGAUCUAUGAAGGUUGUCCAGCUGUUCCAGGAGCCUCCCAUGGCCAAGAGGAAGGAGGUGUACGACUGGUACCCACAGCACAAGAUCUACUACUCCAUGACCCAGAAGCUCCGGUUCAUGGGACUGUUCAGAGACGAGCAUGAGGACUUCAAAGAGGAGAUGCGUCGCCUGAGGAAACUGCGAGGAAAAGGGAAACCAAAGAAAGGAGAGGGGAAGAGAGCCAGCAAGAAGAAAUGAGCUGCUUUUUUUUCUUUCUUUUUUUAUGCAGACAGACAACAUUGGACUGUGUACACACUCUUUACUCUGCCAUCCUCAAGGAGGAACAGGAAGGACGGGUGUGUUAAACAUUUUAUUAAAUAUAUCAAUAAAGAUG